CGGGCGUGCGAGGCGCAGGGAGGCGCGGGGCAGGGCCGAUCCUAGCCUGUAGCUCCGCUCCCCUCCGCGCGUGGGGGCAGUGGGAAGAACCCGGCUGCGCUCUGCCUCCCCCGCCGCCAGCAGCAGCAACAGCAACAGCGCCCGGGAGAGUUUCAUUCAGUGCCGGGAGGAAGCGCUGCCUGCACGGGAGGCGCCUGCCCGCUGCGCGGCUCGCUGCUCUCCUCCUCCUCUCGGCGGCUGCUUCCCCGCCUUCCCCGCAAGAGGCCGGCUGCCCCCUGCCUGCGCGUAGCCACCGGAGCAGAGGCGCCCGCGAGAGGCCGGCAGGGAAGGCAUUGCAAGGAAUCUUCUGGAAUUCCUGGUGAAGAGAGCUGCCUAAAAUAGUGAUAUGAAAAGUCCCUCAUUCCAUUUAGAAACUUGAGCCUAAGGGAAGUAACUCUAUGAAGUUCAGAGUGGCAUAGCUGAGGCUCGGAAAUCUUAUAUCCAGCUAAAGAGACACUGAAAACUACCUGGAAGCAAGAACUGAACAGGGGAAAGAAGAGUUGAGCCCAGGCUGGAAGGCCGUCUAGCUUAUCACUGCCUGUAGUUGAGCACAAAGAAAACGACGAGACUCCCACAUCUUUCAGUGAGAAGAAAGGAUUCAGCAGAACAGAUUAAUACGGACUUGUGUCUGGUGGCCUUUUUGUACAAAGGCUGCCUUUAAAAAAGAAACAGUGUUAUUUAAUGAGCUGUGAGAUGAGGCACUGCUGCUAAUACUCCGAUUCCAAGAUUCAUCUGCUAUUCAUUGUGCUUAAUGUACAUGUUUCUACACCGUGCAUUUAGAAGCUCCCAGAGAAGAAUCCAAAACGGCUGCGGGGGAAAGACCACCAAACAUGCCUACAGAAACACUACAGACAGGUAGCAUGGUGAAACCAGUCAGUCCUGCUGUCACUUUCACAUCUGCCGUUCCUCUUCGCAUCUUAAACAAAGGGCCGGACUAUUUUCGCAGGCAGGCAGAGCCUAAUCCAAAAAGACUUAGUGCUGUGGAGAGACUAGAAGCUGAUAAGGCAAAAUAUGUAAAGAGCCAAGAGGUCAUCAAUGCCAAACAAGAGCCUGUAAAGCCAGCAGUGCUUGCAAAGCCACCGGUUUGCCCUGCCGCCAAGCGAGCAUUGGGUAGCCCUACUUUGAAAGUGUUCAACAGCAAUGCAAAGACUGAGAGUGGUGUCCAGAGAGAAAAUUUAAAAUUAGAGAUUUUGAAAAACAUCAUUAAUAGCUCUGAAGGCUCCAGCUCAGGUUCAGGUCACAAACAUAGUUCCCGAAACUGGCCUCCCCACAGAUCUGAUGCAGCAGAGCUGAACCGGUAUUCAUUUGCAGAAUCUUUAAAGGUCUAUCCCACCCAGGGCCGGAGCAGCCCUCAAGAAAGCAACUCCAACGUGAGCAGAAGGCUCUUAGAACAGUCAGCGGAGACUUUCUUGCAUGUUUCCCAUAGCUCAUCAGACAUUAGAAAAGUAACUAGUGGUAAGCCCUUAAAAGCAAUACCCUGCAGUAGUUCAGCUCCACCUCUGCCUCCAAAACCCAAAAUUACUGCCAUCGCCACCUUGAAAUCCCCAGAUAUCGACACAGUAGAAUCCAGUUGUGGAGUCAGUCGAAGACCCUCCCUACAACGAUCAAAAUCAGACUUAAGUGACAGAUACUUUCGUGUUGAUGCAGAUGUUGAACGAUUCUUUAACUACUGUGGACUGGAUCCUGAAGAGCUUGAAAACCUUGGAAUGGAAAAUUUUGCAAGGGCUAACUCUGAUAUUAUAUCCCUCAACUUUCGCAGUGCAAGCAUGAUUAGCUCAGACUGUGAACAGUCUCAGGACAGCAACAGUGACCUUAGGAAUGAUGACAGUGCCAAUGACCGUGUGCCAUAUGGCAUUUCUGCAAUUGAAAGAAAUGCCAGAAUCAUCAAGUGGUUGUAUAGCAUCAAGCAAGCUAGAGAGUCACAGAAAGUGUCCCAUGUGUGAGAGGAAAUCCACAAUAGAAUAAGCAAGGACUGUAACUUUGUCUGUGAAUAUUCAGUUGUGAAGGGUUGUGAAGUCUACUUGAAGUCUUGUACACUUCUCAAAUCUUUUUGUGUUGCUUGUUGUGCAAUGUUUUUAAGUUGCAUGCCUGUCAACAUGUGAACUGACCUGGCUUCCACUUGAACAAUAACUAACUACAAAUCCUGGCUGAGCAUACACAUUAUCUGCCAAAAGUUUAAGACCAGAAUCUACUUAGGGCUUCAUUAUAAUCAAAUUGUUUACAUGAAAAGGUUACAUGACUUCUUCAAUAUUUAUAUAGUUCCUUGUGUUUUUUUAUAUCUCAUGUUUUUGUGUCUUAAAUGCAGAUAUUGUCAACUGACAUUACUAGCUUUUAAAUUGAAACUGAUUGCUUUAAAAAGACAAGGCAAAAUUGCCCAAAAUAAGAGAUUUACAUAUACAACAGUAGGCAAAGAAACUUGAUCUUCUGUGGAAUGGGAUUUAUUGGCUCCUUUGUUAAAAUACAUGAAUCCACCUUUAUUAAAGAACUGUUUGGGGUAUGAUGGUUUUAAUUUUCUAAGUUCCCUCAUUUUUACAGCAAAAGUAGUCUAGCAAAGCUGCUUGAUCUUCCACAGCCUAAAUGAAUCUUGAGUUUGAUUCAGUGUAAAAAUAUUAAUGGUUUUAUAUUACACUGAUGGAGAGGUUAAUAAGUGUCAAAGAAAGUUGACUGAUAGAAAUGUUUUCAAUGGUGUGUUGGGUUUUUGUUUUGUUUUUGUUCCUUUGUUUCUUUUCUUAUUAAAUAAAGAUUCCUAGUCUUAAACUUUUGAUAGGAAUGAUUAGAUCCUAUAGCUGAUAUUGAAUGCCUUUAUUAGUCAAGCACAUCAUGACUACCAACUCCAUGCUGUCUUUUAAGUUUUUGUAGACCUGUUUGAACAGUUCAUGAACAAAAAUGGAAACACACAGCCAUAUCAGUAUAAAGCCUCCUAUUAAGAAGUAAAUACACUCAAUAGCUAAACUAUAUCUGAGAAACUGUGAUUACGUUGUCUUGCAUAUGUUAUAUCUAAGGCUGUGAAAGUUUGUUACAGCUCUAGGAAAGUGUAGAAACAUGAGAGUAUGUAGCUUUUUUCCUCCUUCCUUAUGAUGGUUAGUGCUGCACGUCAAUCUGUUACUAUUUUGUUGACAAUCUGUGUCUUCCCAAUGGUUUACUUAACUGUCAUUCCAACUGACAGUUGUGGUGUGUGGUAGCAGAGAAGUUGAAAGUACAGUGGUCUGCUUCAUUAUUAUUGUAUUCAUGCUCUGAAGUACAUUGCAGCACUACCUUAUACUUCAUCAGCUAAUAGAAAACUUUUUUUAUUGUGUAAAUGCUGUAAUACUUUGUAUAUACUUCAGUUGUUAUUAAAUCUUUAAAAAGAAGAGUGUUAUGCUAAUAAAUAGCUCCCGGUGCAGGUA